ACUCACCACCACAUAUACAACGAGGCAUAUUCAUUUCUUCAUUCUCUAAACUGAUAAACUCACAUCUAACCAACCAACCACAUGGACCAACAAUUCACCUUACAUCAUUAUCAUACAUACAUCACCUUAUUCCAACUUAAUUCAUCAUCAUCAAUGUCACUGAUUGUAGCUGCUGUUUGAGCUUCAACAAUGUCUUUAACACCUGUUUUCUCAUGUGGGUCUUUGUUAAAUGUUCCCACAAUUAAUCUCAGAUGUUAUAGUACAAAACCUGUUAGACUUUAUAGCUGCUUAAGUUCCUCUCACAGGUUGUUUGCAAAUGGGAAUACAAAUGCUCAUGUUUCUCAUCUCUUCAGAAACAGAAUUAGAUGCAUUAAAAAGGAGGGUGAGGAAAUUAAUUAUGAGGCUUCAAAAUCUAAGGAUAUACCAGAUAUACAAGAUAGAAUCAGUAAUGAGGUGAAAACAAAUGUUAACAAGACGGAGAUCCCGUUUCUGGCUAUGAUUGCUAUUGCAUUAGGCAUAGCCGCAAUAGCUACAUUAGUAUCCAUUCGCCAGCAGCCGAUUCUAGGAUCACCAUCCGGUCUGCAGAUUCUGUCGGAAGGUUCUUCCUCUGCAGCAGUUGCUCCAGUUGCUGCUGGUUUCACUUUCAAAGUUUUCGGAUUCAGCUUUAUAGUUCCACAAUAUGCACCAGGAUGGAUCUACUUCUGGUUGCUUAUGGCUGCAGGUUUUGGACUUUUCAUCAGUGAAGAAGCUUUAAAUAUUUGGGUUGGCACAUCUUUAGCAAGGCUUUUGUCUCUCGACGGAACUUGGCAGUCAUUUGCUGAAUCUUUCUCAAGGAAUGCUCCAUACAUCAUAUCAACGGUUCUAUGGGUUUAUUGGGGAGUUUGCAUUAGUGACCUUAUACCCUUUUACUUGGGGAAGCUUUUCAGACAGUCUGGUGCAUCUGCUGAUGUUACUUCAAGGUUAGGAAUUGGCAAAGAAAAGGCUACAGAAAUCACAGAUGUUGUACAAAAGUAUGGCAAUCUUAUUGGUUUUGUUGAACGAUUCUCUCUUGGAGUGAGAAACCCUACAGCUUUCCUUGCAGGAGCCUUGGGUAUUUCUCCGAAGUUGUUUUUUGCAGGGGUCUGUUUUGGUGGUUUGUUCACACUUCCCAUUCAGCUUGGAAUAGGAUUCCUUUUGAGGGAGCGUCCAAUAUUUGCUCUUGCCACUGUCGCAACCGUUGUGGGAAUUUGGACAAUUUUCCCAUAUGCCGUGGCUGCUUCAACUGCUUUAUUCUUUUAUGUCAGGCAGAAGUACUUCUCUUAAAUGUAUAUGCAGAUAAGUUACAUGUUAAAAGUUGAUUCAUCCGUUUAUUGAACUUUUCCAUGCUUAUAAGUCAGAGAAAAUCUCCUUGGUUUUAGGGUUCUUGAACCAAUUUGUGUUAUAGGUAAUGAUCAAUCACCAUGGCUGAUUAGCCAUAUAUACUAGGCUAGGGUUCGGCAUUUAAGAUUCUUUUGUAAAUGCAGAAUAAUUUAUUAAUAAAUCCCUUGGUAGUACUUGAA